AUGCAGAGAAAGGCAUUAAAGAGAUUUACAGUACUGGUACUGCCGCCGGUGCUUUCGUCCUUCAUAUGCUGUCUCUUUAUUCUCAUCAAGCCAAUAUCUCAUUUCUCUGGCGAACAUUUCUCAUUUCUCCUCUUUACUAUCUUCAACCUCUUCUUCUACCCCAAUGGCUCGAUCGGCUCGCAGAUUGAACUCACCGUACUCGGUUUUGUUUUUGGCGUCGUAGGACUUGGUAUCUCCAAUCUCAGCAUCUACUUUACCGUCCUAGUUAAUAAGGAGACUAUAGAUCAUACGUUUGCAAGAACUAUACCCUGCGUUACGCUCACCUUGAUAGCAUUCGUGGCAGCUUAUGCACGCUCGAAGCUGCCAAGGUUGAUGGUCGCCAGUCGCACUAUUCAAUUCGUUGCGGCAUGGAGUCUGACGUCGAAUCUGCGCGCGAUAACGGCAAUGCGCACCUUUUUGGAUCUCUUCUGGCCGCUGCUGUGGGGCAGUUUGAUUCCACUGAUCGUCUGUAUGAUCUGCUUCCCGGUCAGCGCCCGUCAGCAGUUCUCCAAGCAAGUCAUUCAGGCUUUGAAAGAUGCAGAGGAGGCUCAGGUGGCCUCGUACAAAGUUCUGUUCGCAACUAACGAGUUAGACUCAUCACUCUCCGACCUCACACGAUUGCGCGCUCAAUACUUUAGAAACGCAAGAAGGCUGCCUAGUAUGCUCGGUGAAUGUCUUUUUGAGUUUAGUUACGACUUUGUUGGCGUCGAUCGUAUUGCCCCGUUUGUCGGUAUAGUAGAUAAUCUCAGAGUUUCACUCGCCAACGGAUCCAACGAUCUGAUUGACACAUCUAUGUACAACAUGGAUGAAUCUCAGAAGGAUAUACUCGGAUUGAGUGACGACGCCGAUGAUGAUUUGGUUUGCGUUGAGGAUCUUAAGAAGAUCAUCACAGUUAUGCAUCAAACCAUUCUCAACUCCCUCUCUCUGGUUAGAAGGACUCUGCGUACGGCUCUUAUCGAAAAAAGUGCAAAACACGUCACCCUAGAGGACAUAGAUGUUCAGAAACAACUCCUUCAACAGGCAGCUACGAAUUGUCGCGGCGAAAUGCAUACAAUCCUCAUCAAGAACCUCGCUAAUAAUCCUCCACAUCAUAGUAGUCUGUUUAAGAAGCACCUAUGUAUGCUUUCAUAUUAUUCAGUCACACUCUUCAAAAUAUCCUCAGAUCUGGUGUUUGCUUUGACAUGCGCAUCUGAAGUGCUCGAAAAUCGAUUAAAGAAUCGACGCAAAGUUCACAUCCCACGCAACUUUUGGAGCUGGCUGAAAGCACCCUCCACAACCCUCACAGACUUUGGCUUGAAGCCUGACGGGAAUGAUGACUUUUUGUCAGCUGAGCAGAAGGAACAGCACAAACAUCAACACACAUUUGAGCAAGAAAUGCAGCUACAGGCAUAUGCUACAUACGCAAUUCGUCGCUCGCACCUCAAGCAGACUGGUUUUAGUAUCAAGUAUUGGUUCUUGAACAUCUGGGACGCGCCAUCAGUUUUGGAAUUUAGAUUGAGAGUGUCGAGAUACUUCCGCACUGUCAAAAGCUCUCGUCAUUUGAGAUUUGCAUUGAAAAAUGCAGCAGGUGUCGCUUUGCUAUCAAUACCAGGAUUUCUGCCUUACGGUUCCAAAGGACAAACAUGGUUCUUCGAAAAUAAAGGAGUUUGGAUGGUCAUUUCGUAUUUCUACGUUCUUGAACCAUCUACGGGGGCCACAUAUAGAGUCGGAUUAUGGAGAUUGACUGGUACUAUUUUGGGUGCAGUAUACGGAUUCAUUGUAAACAUCAUCACAGAAAACAAUCCCUACGGUAUAACUGUCUUGGUUACGGCAAUAUCCAUACUGAUAGCGUGGUUGGUUCGUAUGAGCAGCAUACCAGGUGUUGGUACAGUCUUCGCUGUAACAUUUCCUCCAAUCAUCUUCCCAGUAUACCUCGACACAACACCCUUUGCAUCAUUCACGAUUGCCUUGACUCGUGCGUAUAUGAUAGCGAUAGGUAUUGUUGCAGCUAUCCUCGUAAAUUUGGUCUGGUGGCCAUUUCAUGCAAGAGAGAACUUCACAUUGCAAGUAUCUAAAGCCAUCUCUGAAAUCACGAAGCUGUAUCUUGUUCUGUCAAGGCAGACACUUGGUGUUACGACUCUAGCAGAGAGCAGAGCACAGUUUGACCUUACAGAAAAAAAUGUGCAAUCUGCCUUGAAUGGCUGCGAUACUCUUUUAGAGCCUCUGAGACUUGAGCUAUCGGUCAUACCUAAGCCAGUCACACUUUAUAGAAAGAUGAUCACAUCUCUUCAGCGCACUCACGAUCUUAUGAUUUCUUUGAGAUACAUUAGAGAAAGAAUACAGAAAGAGACACUUUUCGAAAUCAGGGAUCAGAGAUUGAACUUUAUAAAUGCGCUCAUUUUAGUCUUUUAUGCAUCGACGCACGCAUUCAGAUCAUCAACACCUCUUCCACAAUUCUUACCCAGUUUACAUAUGGCAUUGAGUGAAAUGCUCGGUGCUAUUGAUGGUAAACUAGUAGAUAUACUAUCGGACGAUGAUUUUACGCUGAGAAGGCAACUGGCUGACUACAGGUUGCACUAUGCCCUUUCUGAAGCUGAGAUAUUGCUUGGAUUAGUUACUUCAAUGGAAGAAAUGCUUUCGAUAGCAAAGUCUCUCUUUGGGCAGACGAGUAUCUUCGAUGAGUCACCAGUCGAUGAAGGAGAGAAUAUGGAAACACUACCAUUACACUCCAUUGGGCACACAGGAUGGUCAUCAGGACCAACAUCGCCAACGAUAAACAGUCUUGCGUCACCAAAAAAACGGAAAUUCAGCAUAAAGCAUAAAGAGGAAUCGAAUGAUACUUAUGCGAGAGAGAAACCCUCAGAUGCUUACAUAUUGAAUUACAGUCCAUCAAGUGCAGCAUCAUCACCAAAAAAGGAUUCCUCAUAUAUGUCAAUAUCAGAACUGGAAGGGAAAAACCUACCACCUCGCUCAAACAGCAAGAAAGAAAAUGCAGAUAGUGUACAACUGGCGAAGGAUGUACACAAAGUGCCCUCAUCAACAAUCGGGGAUGCCUCAUUGAUGUCUUUGUCAGAGCUAGCAAAUAAAAACCUACCACCUCGUUCACACAGCAAAAAGGCGAAUAUAGAUGGGGUGCCGCUAGCAAAGGAUGUUUUUGCAGGAUCAUCGACGAGUGCAUCUCCAGUCAAAGCGCAGCAGCCGCAAAUGAACGUACAUGAUUAUGUUUACGACAGCAAUCAUGACAACCAAGACUCAUCGAGAACGUCAGCGAGAAAUACAUAUAACGAAUCACCAACAUCAUCCUCUACACAGUACAGAACGAGAACGCAAAGAAACGAUAGUAGAUCAUCGAGUAAUAGUAAUAGCAAAAUAUAA